AUGGCAACUGCUCAAGUGACAUCUUCCAAUUGGGCCUGCCAUGACCGCGAUGGAGCUGCUCGGGCUUUGGAUGGCCCAGCGGUGACCAGCGAACGCUGGCUGCGACCGGAGGAGCUUCCGCUGCAUGUGCUCCGCACAGAACAUUUGGCCUGCAAGGUCCUUUGGUACUUGCGCUUGCCAGAGGUGGCAAAUGCAAUGCUUGUCCAAAAAGCUGUCGAGUUCCCUGGACGUGCAGUUCUUGGGGCCCAAAGGCCUGUUCUACACAUUUUUGGAGGUCACGAUGGACGGGCCUUGGUCAGCCACUCCUGGAGAAUGGAACCUGCUACGGGAAAUUGGCAGGAGGUUGCGCCAUUGCCAAGUGCUCGCAGUAUGGCAGCUGCCGCCGCGCUUGGAGGAAGGCUCCAGGGGACGGUCAAUAGUUGCUUCGCAGGGAAACGUGUGAAACCUCGUUGGAUGAUUCGCCAGCCAGACUGGUCUCUUCCCGCAGCCUUUGCAAUUUCAAACCCGGCGCCGCCUACGUUCAGCGCCCAAAUCAUGAGCAGCGCAACUCAGAAGAUCGAUCCUGAUGCCAAGGCCGCCCCAAAGCCUGCAGAUGUCAAGGAUGUGGCGAAACCCAAAGCUUCAAAGCCACGCAUUGAUUGCAUCGAUGGAUGUCGCUUUGCAUUGGUCUUUCCGAUCGUCGUGGCCCAUUUUGCGCGCUUCAGCACCAACAACCUCACUGCCUUGAAGCUUCUCACUCAAGAGAACGUCUUGGUGGGAGGCUUUUUCGUGAUCUCAGGAUAUGUCUCUGCCUACACCACAACGAAGCUGGGCGCUUUGGGAGUGGAGGAGAAGAAAGUUGCAAAUCCUGAGCUCUUCUUCUGGCAGAGAGUUAUGGCGUACUAUCCUUUGCACUUCGUGAGUUCCGCCAUUUUUGCACCCAUGUUCAUUUGGGUUGAGCGAAACUUCAGCGCGACCUGGAAGAUGAUUGCAUUCCGCGCUUUCCUGAACUUCAGCAUGCUGCAGGCUUGGUUUCCCAAGGAGGCAGAGAUCUGGAACCAGCCAACUUGGUUUCUGUCAGCACUGACGUUCUCCAACUUGACUAUGCCAACAUUCGUGCUGCCACAAGUGGCGCAACUUACAAAGAAUGGCUUGCAGAAGCUCUUCUUCGCCUUGACAGGAAUUUCCUUGUUGCAGAAGGUCUCCUACUCUGAGACGGCCCGCUUCCAUAGCCACCAUGAACAUCCAGUGGAUGGCAAGGUGAUGCAUCCAUUGAUUUGGAAUUUGACACGCUUCCAUCCCUUCUGGGCUCUCAUGGAGAUGACCAUGGGCAUUGUUGCUGCCCGGCAUGUGAUGUUGGACACCGAGGAGGACAAGAAGAAGCCUCAGAUGAACCCUAUUUGGCUCUUCUUGGCUGCUUAUGCUUCCUUGGGACUUCGCCUGACGCAGUUUGACUUUAACGACGCCAUUGUCCGUGGUGUGCUGUUUGUGCCACUGUUCACCAAGUUCCUGACUGCCAUGCACCGAGAUGCAUUGACUCCCGAGCCAUCUGCUAUCACCAAGUUCUUCGGAUGCAAAACCAUGGCCACCUUGGGCUCCAUUGCGUUCCCAAUGUUCAUUGUUCAUGGUCCUCUGGGCCAAAUCUUCUACAAGAAGGCAAUCGCCAAGAAACUGUGGGGCAAGCCAAUGCCUCACGCAUUCUUCCCCUUCUACCUGGCCAUUUGCUUGGGUAUCAGCCAUCUUGUGAAUGAGCAUUUUGUGAAGAACAAGAAGGUGGGUGCCAUUGCCGGGAAGGUGGCACAGACCCUUGCUGGAUGGACUGAGGGCAUGUUGAGGGAUAAGGCAUAAGGAUGCAUAAGGGCACAAGCCGUUUUGUUUCAAAUGCAAGGAGGAACAACAAGCCUUCGCUAUGAGGGCUGUGUUGAUGCUCAUGCAAUGUGCGGUUAACGCACUGUUGGGAGGUGAGGCGCAACUCGAUUAAACAGCUAAAGCUCUCUAGAUAUGACAGCAAUGGUUAAUCAAUCCAAUGUGUGUGACUUGUGUCAAGCGACCUCAAAACCUGUACAGUUUUGGUGUGGCUGUUCUUCUGCAAGAGGAUUGCAGGGCUCAGCCACUCAUGGUUCCAAAAGGUCAACCGACCGAAAGUAUCGUCAUCAACGACUCAAUGACCAUUCGCUUUCAA